AUGGGUAUCAAAAGAUCAAACCAACAACUUGCCAUUGUGGGUGUAUGGGUUGUAUUAUUCCUCGUCGCGUAUUUGAGCCUCGUCCCAUCACAUGGAGGCGUAGGUUUUCUGAACCAUGCGCUUGGCCGCGGCGGUAUCAGACCAAGAUUCAUCUUCGUCGAUCUCGGAGCCAAUCGUGCGGACUCAUUAGACGCUUUUCUCAGAAAAGAAGACGCAAAGUUCCAGUACGAGUUUCCCCGUCCUGACUGGGCGCGGUAUGACGAGGCCGAUAUUUAUCUCUUUGAAGGGAACCCAGUAUUCAAUCCGGCUCUAGUGCAAGCAAAGCAACGCUGCCGCGGCCAAGGGAUCAAUGUCAACAUAUUCCCUUCCACUAUUGUGGACGUCAAAGACGGAACCCGGACUUUCUUCCUCGACACAGUAAACGACGCUCACGAUUACUGGGGAUCGUCUACUUACGCGAAUCACCACGAUGCCGUCAAUUCGGGAUCGAACGGAACCGAGCUGACAGCAGUUAAUAUAUCCAGGUGGCUGUUGAUGAACACGCUGCCUCACGACUUCGUCGUUGUCAAGAUGGACAUUGAGGGCAGUGAAUACGAUGUUCUUCCACAUAUGGUGGAAAUGGGCGCAUGGACCGUCAUUGACCAUCUUCUUAUCGAGUGGCAUGAGAGUCUCCCCGAUGAGGCCGCUGCUAAGAAAGCGAGUUUGGCGGCAGAGAAGCUGAAGGCAGAAGGCGUGAGCAUGCCCGAGUACAACUCCCCAGCUUAG